CUACGACUAUGGUCAAAGAGCACUUAACUAGCGGAAGCCUCCUGUCCAGGAGGACAAAUUUGAUAGAGAUGAGCAUAAGGUGAAAGGUUGUGCAAACCGAUGGAACGUCUAAAAUCUGCAGCCCUUCUGGACCAGCGGCUCCUGUCAUCCAAGACCAAUGCACCACGAUACCUACGCUAUUGCCUUCAAGGGGCGUUAGCUUGCGUCGCUGGAUAUGCCUUGUGGAUGCUACCGGGAUCGGCGUGGAAUAACACUAUGACACAGCCAGCGCAAUCGGAUUUUACGUGGGAUCAAAUCACGCCUUCUGCCAGUCUGGAAUAUCAUGACUGCUUCGAUGGAUUCCAGUGUGCCCGAUUGGAGGUGCCCAUGGACUACCAUCGCGCAGACGGCCACGGCCAGCGCUUUGCGAUCGCCAUCACUCGCCUUCCGGCAAAAGUGCCAGUAACGGACCCACGCUAUGGCGGUGCAGUGCUGAUAAACCCUGGAGGGCCUGGUGGCUCUGGUGUCGCCGAGGUACUCAUAGAUGGCAGAAAGUUGCAAACCACCAUGGACGCAGAGACAGAUCCCAGUAGUCAACCACCUGAAGACAGCGUGAGCGACGACAAGUACUUCGACGUGAUUGGCUUCGAUCCUCGCGGAGUGAACAACACUACUCCGGGGUUCAGUUGCUUUCCCAACAUAUCCGCACAGAGGAACUGGGAGUUGCAGAUUGCUGCUGAAGGCAUGCUGGGAAGUGCAGACGGCGCUUUUCGACGCAACUGGGAACGAUCGCUCGCUCUCAACACGGGAUGCGCGGCCGUCUUGUCUACUCCGUCUGAGGGUGAGGAUGAGGCCUUGGGUGAGCACCUGAACACACCGCCGGUCGCUCGAGACAUGCUGGAGAUUAUUGAGCGGCAUGGGGAGUGGCGUGAGAAACAAGGUGUCAAGGCACAGCGCCAGCAGGACCAGCGCACCGGCUACGAUCGCGCCCAGACCCUGGCGGCGCGAACCAGAUGGAGACGAGGACAGGAAAAGUUGCUGUACUGGGGUCGAUCAUACGGAACCGUGUUAGGCGCGACAUUCGCGACACUUUUUCCCGAUCGCGUAGAACGUGUCGUGCUGGACGCCGUGGUCGACGCACACAAAUACUAUUUCGAUGAUGGGCCUAAUCCCAUCGCCGAUGCCGAUGCUAUUUUCGACCGUUUUGCGCAAUAUUGCGACGCAGUGGGGGCAGACCAAUGCCCCUUUUAUGUAGCAGGCGGAGCGACAGCCAUCAAACAAGCUUAUCAAGAGCUGGAAGACGCUUUAUACAACGCCUCGUUGCCUGUAAUGGCGUCGUCUAGUCGAGGUCCGGAACUGGUGACCUGGACUGAUCUCAAGAUCAUUUUGCGUACCGCCAUGUAUCAGCCCAUCCAGGGCUUUCCACCACUUGCUCAGCAUGCAAGUGAAUUGGCCCGGGGAGAUGGGUCGGCAGUGGCAGACCUGAAGAGCAGCGCUCGCGCUUCAUCAUGUCCUUCUGCUCAAUGUGUUCAAGCCGGGCCAUGGUCAUCGGUUUGCCAGGUGCCGGGCCAGAAUGAAGCAUAUGCCAGUUCGGCGGUGCUGUGUACGGAUGCAGUCUACCUGCAGAGUACCAACCAACCCCAAUUUCACCGCUACUGGCAAUCUUUGAAAGAGGACAGUACCAUCCUCGCAGACUACUGGGCUGGCCUUCGCAUGGGAUGCGUGGGGUGGAAUAUCACACCUAAAUGGCAAUUGCAAGGACCCAUUGGAGGCAAUACCUCUCAUCCGAUACUUUUUGUCAACAACGUUCUAGACCCAGUAACGCCGUUGCACAGUGCGCACACGAUGUCGCAGAGAUUCCCCGGCUCUACAGUGCUGCAGCAAGAUUCGGAAGGUCAUUCGACCUUGGCUGCUCCCUCCCUGUGCACCCACAAGGCUAUCCGGAAGUAUUUCCAGACAGGAGAGCUACCGCCAUCUGGUCUGAUCUGCGAGGCUGAUCUCAAGCCUUUCAUUGGCGUCGCUGACCGCAAACAGGGCCUCAGAAGCAGAAGCCCAGGCGAUGAUGAGGAAUUGUAUCAGAUGCUGAUAAACAGGUCGCAAAAUAUAGUCCGACCCCUAUUUCCAUUGUAGCAGAUACUAUGAUUGGGGGACCCCCUUAUCACCGAUAUAUGCACGCCACUUUUCGUUGUAUAGCAAUAUGCAGAUAACAGCAAUGUUUCACUAAGUCUGCGAGCCUGUGCAAGAUAAGCGCAACUAUUUACUGCCUUGACGUAGCUCUAACUUAUACAAAGCUUACAUAAAAUGCGAUACGGAGAUGGCAGUCUGAUAACCUCGGUCGCAG